AUGUCCUUCCGCUGCACUGGCGCCAUGGCUGGGCGCAUCAUGCGCAGCUUCCCACAAGUUUCCGGAACCUGGCGGAUGGCCGCCACGGCAUUCAGCCGACACGCAGCGCAGCGCUGUCCCCGCAGCUUGGCGAGCCAAAGCGACAACUCGCAUGUCCCCCGCAUGCGACAAGUGGCCUGCGCACCACCAAGUCUCACAUCAUGCGACGACGAGGCCCUGCCAAAACUGCUUCAGAAAGUGCAGGCACCCAGCCAGACGAGGCCAGGUGCCAAUCUCGGUUCGGCGAGUCUUUGCCUUUGCGGCAGGGCAAAACCCUCUUUCGGGUGGCCGCAGGAUGCGCAGCCCUCCCACUGCGGCAGAUGCAAGUCCGAGGGGAUGAUAAGGCUUCGAGGCCCCAAGUGCAGAUGUGGCAGAGCGUGGCCAGUGUUCGGGAUGCUUGGUGAUGAGCGACCGGCUUGCUGCAGGAAGUGCAAGGAAGAAGGCAUGAUUGACAUCAGAAAUCCGCGCUGCAAGUGUGGCAAGGCUCGGCCUUCUUUCGGCUUUGCCGACAAUGAGCAGCCCACGGCUUGCAGUCAGUGCAAAACUGAUGAGAUGAUCAACAUUGCGAGUCCCAGGUGCCAGAUUUGCAGCAAAAUAGCGUGCUACCCAGACACAGCUGGUAAGUCAAGACAGUUUUGUGCUGCACAUUCAGCUGAAGUCACGUCAGCCGGAACAAAGAGAGAAGAGCGUGAAACCUCGAGCAGGGCAAGUCUUUGCUUGUGUGGGCGGGGAAAGUCAACUUUUGGAUGGUCACAUGAAGCAGGGCCCACCUGCUGCGGCAAAUGCAAGGCAGAAGGGAUGGUGAAGCUUCGAGGCCCCAAGUGCAGAUGUGGCAGAGCCGAGCCAGUCUUCGGGAUGCCAGGUGAUGCCAGGCCAUCCUGCUGCAGCAAGUGCAAAGCCGACGGCAUGGUGGAUAUCAAAAAUCGGAAAUGCCUGUGCAGGAAAUCUCAGCCAAAUUUUGGUUUUCCAAACGAUGCGCGGCCUACAUGCUGCACUCAGUGCAAAAAGGAAGGCAUGGUAGACAUCAUUAGCCGCAGGUGCGAGUGUGACACAGCCGUGCCUUGUUUUGGCUAUGCUGGUGAUGCCCGUGCCACCUGCUGCAGCAAGUGCAAGCGCGAUGGCAUGGUGGACAUCAAGAAUCUACGGUGCAACUGCGGCAAAGCCCGGCCUUCUUUUGGCUUCAGCGAUGAUGUGCGACCUACUUGCUGCAAGCAGUGCAAGGCAGCUGAGAUGGUGAACAUCAUAAGUCCAAAAUGCAAGAUAUGCAACAAGCUAGCCUUCUAUCCAGAUGAAGCUGGCCGACCACGACAGCUUUGUGCAGUUCAUUCAGCUGAAGUGGGAGCUCAUGUGCUGUCCUCGCCCCGUCGAUCCCGGAUUGCCAGUGAGUGCUUUGAUGCUUUGGAGGCCGAGUGGGACCACAAGCUGCCCUUCCGCUACAGAUUGGGCACCUGGUCAGGUGAGGAGGUUGCAGGGCUGGUGCCAAGUCGAAACCUGCAGCCAGACGCCUACGACCCAGAGGCCCGCAAAAUAUUCGAGUUUCUGGGGAAUUACUUUCACGGAUUCCCUCCGCACCAUCCACAGCACGACAGCUUCGUGUGCGUGGGUGGCCGACCUGCAGCUGAGCUGCACGCAGAGACCAUGGCACGCCUGGACUUGUUCCUGGCAGAGGGCUUUGAGGUGGUCUACGUGUGGGAGCAUGAUUUCAUCCAGUGGCAGCGGGAAGUCGCCAUGGGCACGGCCCUUUCCCUUGCCACGCAAUUGAUCCAGCAUGGCGCUGCCGCUGACAAAAAGAAGCUCGCGGCACGCGCAGACGUUGGUGAACGCGUGCUGGGAGGACUCAGGUCUUGGUCUGUGGUGGGCUGUUUGUGCACAUGGUAUUGUUGA